AUGAGUGUGGUGUAUCAUGUGUACCCAUUCUCCACUUUGUGCACUAUUAUAGCAAUCUGUCCAGGACUGCAGUGGGAGUUUGCCGAGGAGGUUGACGAAAUUGGCGUGAAUCACCCUGCCUCCGCACUGAGACCGGCCAUUGAUGGCUGCGAUCCAGUUUUCACCACACCAACGGCGCGGAAUGAACACCCCCAACAGUGGGGAUCUCAUUUCGUUCUCUUGGAACUGGGAUCCACUCUGUCAACAUCCUUCUCCUUCUUGCCAUGUGUUUUUCUUUUGGCCCUCUCUGUCCCCAUCGUCCCAAAUGGAUAA